AUGUCGGCGGCGGGAGCGUGCCCGGGCGUGGAAGCCGGCUUCUCUAGUGAGGAGCUGCUGUCGCUCCGCUUCCCGCUGCACCGCGCCUGCCGCGACGGAGACCUGGCCGCGCUCUGCUCGCUGCUGCAGCAGGCGCCGCGCGCCCACCUGGCCGCCGAGGACUCCUUCUACGGCUGGACGCCGGUGCACUGGGCCGCGCACUUCGGCAAGUUGGAGUGCUUAAUGCAGUUGGUGAGAGCUGGAGCCACGCUUGAUGUUUGCACCACACGUUACGCACAGACCCCAGCUCACAUCGCUGCUUUUGGAGGCCAUCCUCAGUGCCUGCUCUGGUUGAUUCAAGCAGGAGCCAGCAUUAACAAACCGGACUGUGAGGGCGAGACUCCCAUUCACAAGGCGGCUCGCUCUGGAAGCCUAGACUGCAUCAGCGCCCUAGUAGCUAAUGGGGCACACAUCGACCUGAGAAAUGCCAGUGGCCUGACAGCAGCAGACAUUGCUCAAACCCAGGGUUUCCAAGAAUGUACCCAGUUUCUCUUGAACCUCCAGAAUUGUCAUCUGAACCGUUUCUAUAAUAAUGGCACCUUAAAUGGGGGCCAUCAGAAUAUAUUUCCUAAUCAUGUUAGUGUGGGAACAAAUCGCAAGAGAUGCUUGGAAGAUUCGGAACCCUUUGAAGUGAAGAAAGCUAGAACCGAAGCUCAAAGCUUGGAUUACUGCAUGCCAGUAGUGAACAGCGAGGCAGAAGAUGAUGCUGAAAAAAUGCACGUCGAUAGAGAGUUUGCUGUCGUAACAGAUAUGAAAAACAGUAGCUCCGUAUCGAACACAUUGACAAACGGAUGUGUCAUCAAUGGACAUUUGGACUUCUCUUCCACGACUCAGAUCAAUGGGAUGGAAAGCAGGAAUAACCAGUGCUUAACAGGAUCUAAUGGAAUUAGCAAUGGAUUAGUUCCAGGACGACCAUUUCCAAGUAGCCAGGGUUCUCUCUGUGUUAACGGGACUGAGGAACCCGAAAAGACCAUGGGCGUUAACCCUGAGAUGUGCGGUUCUCUGCACCUGAAUGGGAGUCCGAGUAGCUGCGUAGCCAAUAGACCUUCCUGGGUGGAAGAUAUUGGGGAGAAUUUGCACUAUGGACAUUACCACGGGUUUGGGGACACUGCUGAAAGCAUCCCCGAGCUUAAUAGUGUAAUAGAGCAUUCCAAUUCCGUGAAGGUGGAAGAAAGAUAUGACAUUGCCGUCCUGGGUACCAUGAACCUCUACCACGGCUCUUAA